AUGAAGAAUUUGGUGGAACUAUAUUAUGAGAGGGAAAUCCAGCUGUUUGUCCUCGUCAGCUUCGCACUCCAAGUGUUCCUCUUUUUCACUGGCAGCCUUCGGCGGCGCAGCACCAACAUAUUCCUCAGUGUUUCUAUUUGGACAGCUUAUUUAGGAGCAGAUUGGGUAGCAGUUUAUGCUCUUGGCAACCUCUCAGGAGUACAGGAGAGCAUCAUAUCAAGGAGAAGUCAGCUGCCACUGUCUUUUUUUUGGGCACCGUUUUUCCUCAUCCAUCUCGGUGGUCAGGACACAAUCACUGCUUUUGCCAUGGAGGACAAUGACUUGUGGCUGAGGCAUUUCUUGAAUUUGGUCGUGCAAGUAGUCCUCGCCGUGUACGUUUUCUGGAAGUCAGCUAGAAGGCAGAGUGCGGAGCUUAUAGUUUCGGGUGUGUUCGUGUUCAUCGUUGGAGUUAUCAAGUAUGGAGAAAGGACAUGGUCACUCAAGUGUGGGAGCUCAAAAAGCCUUGAGAGCUCACCUGGGCAUCACUACAAGCAACGGUUUCCGGAACUAAGAGACUCUGAUUGCGACUAUCGAAAUAUGGUUUCCAAUGCUCUAUGUUCAAUGUUCAAUGUCCUCAAUGUCUUUGCAGCGCGCAACUUGUUCGGUUAUAGCUUCCCAAGUGUUGGUCCAGAUGAUACUCAAGUCGACGCCAAAAAAAUGUUCAAGUUGGUGGAGCUUGAGCUCGCCAUGAUGUACGAUGACCUCUACACAAAGGCUCUUGUGCUGAGAACAAGGACAGGCAUUAUACUCCGAUGCAUCUCUCACGCAUGCUCCUUCGUUGCUUUUGCACUCUUCCUUGCGAGUGAUAAAGAUCGGUACAUUGGAGUUGAUAUUGCAAUUACGUAUUCACUGUUUAUCGGAGGCUUUUUCCUAGAUUUUUGUGCGAUGUUUAUUGUCAUAACAUCUCCAUGGACUUGGGUCUGGUUGAAGGCUGCACAGAAGAGAGACUGGCUAGCCAACUUGUCCUGGUUCCUCUUUUCCAGUGAUAUUGGGUGGCCCGAGAGAAGGCCACUGUGGUCUAGUUCCAUUGGACAGUACAGCUUACUCAGCUGGGACUCUGGAUCAGACCAACCAACAAGAUCAUGCAACCAGAAAGUGAUGGCUCUGGUGAGAAGAUCGGCGAGGUUAGUCGGCGUUGGAAAGAAAAAAUUGUUUUGGAUGAGCAAGCUGCUGGACACUAAGUUCCUAGAGGUAGAUGAGAAGACGAUGGAGUUUGUGGUGGAGGGGAUCAAUCGCAUCCGCGACGAAUUCUCCGAUGUCGCGUCCCGGGCAUGGCCAAAGCUUGGCCCAUUCCUCGAAACCAUAAGAGUUCAUUUCACCGCGGACUUUGGUGCUGCCAUUGUCGUGAUUCACUCAUUCACAGAGGAGUACCUGAUGAAUGCUGCUGCUGCAGCAGAAGAAGAAGAAGAAGAAGCAGGUCAGGGAGGAGAAGCAAAUGAUAUGAUGGAGGUGUGCCGGAAGCUGUCCAACUACAUGAUGUACCUCUUGGUGAACCACCCUUCCAUGCUGCCGCUCAACGUCAGCUCCGAGGCUACGCUGGCUGAGGCUGCGCAGCUGAUGAAGGUGGUGAGAGGGCGAGCACUGGAGGAGAUGGUGGAUCCAUGCGACGAAACGUUGAGGGAGAUGGUGGACAUGUGGACGAGGCUCCUCAUCUACACCGCCGGCAAGUCCCGGGGGCCGAUGCACGCGGCGGAGCUGGCCUGUGGAGGGGAGCUCAUCACCUUCGUCUGGCUGCUCAUGGUCAAGGCCGGCCUCGGGGAUUCCGAGGCGAAAAGGAUCCUCAUUGCAAAUUCUGCUUGCGCCGACACUAAUACGAAGGAAGCCUAUGCCUUUUAUUUCGCUUCGUGA